AUGGAAUCGAUAACGAAAACCUUUGCUGAAACACCAGACGUCGACAUGGGCACCAUAUCCGGGGAUAAGGUUGUGAUUUCGGGUAUGGCGGGGCUGUACCCGGAGUCCCAUAACGUUAAGGAACUCUCAGAUAUUCUUUACAACAAGAUAAAUCCAAUAAAUUCCGAAAAUUCUCGCUGGAAAUAUGAUCAUCCUGAAGUCGCUCAAUACACUGGUAAAGUGCCUGAACUCGAUUUGUUUGACGCGCAAUUCUUUAAAGUACAUUACCGUCUAGGGAACAACAUGGAUCCUAUGGGAAGAAAAAUCUUGGAACAGGCGUAUCAAGCUAUAUAUGACUCUGGUAUGAGUCCAAAAGAACUGGAUGGAAAGAAAAUCUGUGUUUACGUUGGUUGCUGUUUCUCUGAAACUGAAAAGGCUUGCUUUUAUGCGGAAAGCUCCGUAACGGGUAUGGGUAUUACAGGAUGCAGUAAAUCUAUGUUUGCGAACCGUAUAUCGUAUUGGUUGAACGGCAAAGGUCCAUCGAUUGCUGUAGACGCGGCCUGCAAUAGUUCCACGAGGGCACUGGAACUGGCGUACCAGGCUAUCACACGCGGUGAAUGUGAAGCAGCUAUUGUAGGAGGAGCUAGUUUGAGUUUACAUCCCCAAUCUACCAUUCACUAUGGAAGAAUCUUGAAAGUGAGUAUGGAUGGUAAAACUAAAUCGUUCGACAAUGACCCCAAUGGAUGCGCUAAAUCUGAGGCUAUAAAUAUUCUAUUCUUGCAAAAAGCAAAGGAUGCUCGUAGAAUUUACGCUGAGGUGGUGCAUGUUAAGUCUGAAUUUAAUUCGCUACCAAAAGGCGAAAAACAUGCACGGUAUGGCUUCUACAGGAACCCAUCACUUAUGGCUAAGUUUAUCAGAGACUUCUAUGAAGAAGCGAAGAUUAAGCCAGAAGCCGUAGAGUAUGUCGAGGCCUUUGGUUCAGCUAAUGCGGAAGCUGAUAAAGCGGAAUUAGAAGCAAUUGAGGAAGUGUACUGUAGUAACCGUAAUGAUCCGCUUCUGGUUGGGAGCGUUAUAUCCAAUAUAGGAUAUGGAGAAGCUGCUACGGGAAUAUCGGCUGUUACUAAGGUUCUUCUUGCGUACCAUACUGGCAAGAUAGCUGCUAAUCUACACUGUGAGGUGCCGCGACAAGACGUGGCAGCUCUGCGCGAGGGACGCAUGCGCGUUGUGACUGACCACCAGGAGUUCGGACGAAACUAUACCGCCGUUAAUGGAUUAUCUGUAACCGGUAUCAACUCACAUGUUCUUUUGAAAGGUCAUUACAAGCCUAAGGAUCUUUCACUCUACAAAUCGAACAUACCGCAGCUGCUCACAAUAUCAGGAAGACAAGAGUCGUCUGUAAUGAAAAUAUUUGAAGAUAUAAAAACUCGCCCCAUCGAUCCCGAAGAACUGGCGCUGUUCAGAAAUAUACACAAAACAAGCAUUUUUGGUCACAUGGGAAGAGGAUAUACGAUACUUGAUACAAACGACGAAAAUGAAACUUUUAGUCUAUCUGAGAAAGUCGACUACUACGAUGACGUCAAACAUCCUCUGUGGUUCGUAUACAGCGGUAUGGGAUCGCAGUGGGCGGGCAUGGGCGCGCAACUCAUGAGAAUACCGAUCUUUGCUGCGUCUAUUGAACGUUGUCGUCGAGUUCUGGAACCUAAAGGAAUCGAUAUAGUCCACAUUAUAACGUCGCCCGAUAAAAAUAUAUUUGACAACAUUCUCAACUCGUUCGUUGGAAUCGCUGCAAUUCAGAUUGGUCUUACCGAUAUUCUCAGUGAAAUGGGAAUCUUCCCUGACAACAUUAUUGGUCACAGUGUCGGUGAAUUGGGGUGUGCAUAUGCAGAUGGUUGCUUCACAGCUGAAGAGAUGAUACUAUCUGCAUAUAGUCGAGGAUUGGUUUCGCUGCAAACUCCUUUCAUAAGAGGAUCGAUGGCUGCUGUAGGUGUUGGAUUCCAAAAGAUAUCUAAGCUAUGUCCACCGGAGAUUGAAGUAGCGUGCCACAAUGGCCCCGAUUCAUGUACGAUCUCCGGACCGGAAGACAUCAUGAAAGAGUUCGUCGCCGACUUGACGUCGAAGCAGAUUUUCGCAAAGGAAGUCCCGUGCUCCAACAUUGCGUAUCACUCGCGUUAUAUUGCUGAAGCAGGUCCUGGUCUGCUUAAGCAUCUAUCAGAAGUGAUUAAAUCUCCAAAACCCAGAAGCGAACGCUGGUUGUCAACAUCUGUUCCACAAGAACAGUGGGGUGAGCUGUCGGCUAAGUAUUCUUCAGCAGAAUACCACACCAACAACUUGCUGAAUCCAGUCCUCUUUGAGGAGACUUCAACUUUGAUUCCACCCAACGCUGUGUUAGUAGAAAUUGCUCCACACGGUCUUCUACAGGCGAUCCUUAAGCGAUCGCUGCCAGAAUCCUGCAAACACAUUCCACUCACGAGACGUGGACACCCAGACAAUGCAACAUUUUUCCUUGAAGCUAUUGGAAAACUCUAUAUGGAAGGAUAUAAUCCAAAAGUUGAAGCAAUUUAUCCUAAAAUUGAGUACCCUGUUUCGACUGGAACACCAAUGCUGUCUCACUUGGUGGAAUGGGCUCACAAUGAACGAUGGAAUUUACCGCUUUACGAGGCUGCACAUAGAAAAACAGCUGCCGCAUGUAAAUUUGUGUUAUCAACUCAAGACGAUGACAACGAAUAUCUGAAAGGGCAUGUCAUUAGAGAAAAGAAUAUGUUUCCGUUUGCGGCAGUAUUAGUGGCGGUGUGGGAUACUUUAGCGAUGUCGUUGGGAGUCGAGAAAAAAAAAUUAUCAGUGCAAUUCAUAGAAGUGCAACAAUAUUCCCAACUGGUUUUUUACGACCAACGCCAGGUUUCCCUUAGCGUGGCUCUUCAUAGAGGCUCUGGAAAAUUUGAAGUUUUGAGUAACAAAACAAAAGUUGCAACAGGUUUUAUAAUUGGAAAUGAAAAAGGCAAAAAAGAAAUGGUACCCGCCACAACCGAAUCCGACGAAAACAUGGUUUUAGAUUCAAAUGAUAUUUAUCAUCUAUUUCAUUCAAGAGAUUAUAAUUAUUCAGGCGAAUUUCGUUGUAUCUAUAAUGCAAAUCAAUCUUUGGAUGAAGCUAAUAUUCUGUGGAAAGAUAAUUGGAUUACUUUUAUCGACGGCUUGAUUCAACUAAAUACGCUCAGACGAAACAACGAAUCAGUUUCCCAACUGCACACAAUAAAAAAAUUAGUUAUCGAUGUCCAGAAUCACUUAGGACAUAAAAAAAUAUUAAACGAUGGAACAACAGUCAUGAAGGCUAAAGUCAAUGAAUAUAACGAAAGCAUCAGUUGCGGCGGUGUUCAAAUGUUUAGUUCAAGAUUCUACGAUCUGCCAUCGAUGAACAAGAAUUUUACACUCAAAAGCGUACAAUUUGUCCCACAUUAUACUAAAGAUAAACUUGAUAAAACGUCAGCACUUUACGUCACUCUUCAAGUAGUUGCUGAAAAUUUAAAGAAACAAGAAAUAAGUGUCGCUGAACUCGUUGAUAAUAAAACUGAUAAAUCUGAAUACAAUGAAUUAAAUAAGAUUAUCAAUGAUAUUCCAGGGAUACGUAUACAAUACUCAACUGUGCGUAGAUGUGAAGCCUUAAAACAACAUGACUUUUUAAAAGACGUCGAUGUGGUUGUGGUCAACAAUUUAUCAAAUGAUGAAAAUUUGGCUCGAGUUCUGCAUCAAGUACGAACCCGUAACUCCUUCUUAAUUAACACUGAGUACACUAAAGAAACUGCAAAAAGUCCAUCGUUAAUGUUGUACCACACGGUAUGUGCUCACACUACCGGGUCUAUGUGCGUCGAAUUGGCUUUGUGGCAUCCUACUGGAGUACAGAAUUUGAAGGGAAUUUGGAGCGGAGAAUAUUAUUUACCUAUACGUGAAAAAACAAUCGGAGGGCGCGAUAUGAUGCUUAAAAUCAAACAGCCUGGUGAACUUGAUACUUUAUAUUGGGCAGAAGCUCCGGAUACAAGUACUGACGGAGUAAAAGUGAAGGUUCAUUACGCUGGUAUCAAUGAUGUUGAUGUCAAGAAAAAAUCUGGUUUUAUGGCUUUGGACGAGAACAACGAAAACACUUUCCUAGAUUUCAGCGGCGUUACCGAAAGUGGAGAACGUGUCAUGGGCAUCGUAUAUGACAAAUCAAUCAAAACGACAGUGAGAGCCAAUCCAAACCUAUUGUGGCCGGUUCCUGAUCAUUGGACUCUUGAGGACGCUGCUACUGUACCCCUAGCAUAUUCUUUGGCAUUUUACUGUCUGGUAAAUGUUACUAUAGGUAUUAGUAUACUUGUUCACGGUGGAGCCGGCGCUCUUGGUCAAGCAAUUAUAUCUAUCGCACUGGCGCACGGUUGUCAAGUCUUUACAACGGUCAGUGACAACAAGAAAAAACAAUUCCUGCUAAGAUUGUUUCCGGAUUUGAAAGAGGAACACAUUGUGAGCUCGCGUGAUAUAAGUGGUACCGAUAAGAUCCUAAAUGCCACAAAUGGACAAGGCGUAAAUUUAUUAAUAUGUUCCGUUCGCGGACAAAUGAAAAAUGCUACCUUGAGAUGUUGUAAGAUGAUGGCGUCUGUUGUUGAUACAGCUGUUUUACCAAAUCGCGAAGAUUACAAUCUUGGCAUGAUGUACCUUUUUAAGGGAAUAUCUUACUAUACUCUUGAUAUGUAUUCGAUUUUGGAACUUCAUAAGCAGGGUGAAUUGAAAGAGUUGCAAGCCAAGGUGAUCGAAGGCAUAGCUCGCGGGUUCGUGCGGCCGCUGUCGCGCGUGACGUACAGCGCGCCGCUCGCGCCGCGCGCCUACCGCCUGCAGGCCGCCAGCCGGCACCGCGGCCGCGUGCUGCUCGACCUGCGGGGAGAGCCCGCCGCCGUGCACCCGCACCGGCACCGCGGCCGCGUGCUGCUCGACCUGCGGGGAGAGCCCGCCGCCGUGCACCCGCACCGGCACCGCGGCCGCGUGCUGCUCGACCUGCGGGGAGAGCCCGCCGCCGUGCACCCGCACCGGCACCGCGGCCGCGUGCUGCUCGACCUGCGGGGAGAGCCCGCCGCCGUGCACCCGCACCGGCACCGCGGCCGCGUGCUGCUCGACCUGCGGGGAGAGCCCGCCGCCGUGCACCCGCACCGGCACCGCGGCCGCGUGCUGCUCGACCUGCGGGGAGAGCCCGCCGCCGUGCACCCGCACCGGCACCGCGGCCGCGUGCUGCUCGACCUGCGGGGAGAGCCCGCCGCCGUGCACCCGCACCGGCACCGCGGCCGCGUGCUGCUCGACCUGCGGGGAGAGCCCGCCGCCGUGCACCCGCACCGGCACCGCGGCCGCGUGCUGCUCGACCUGCGGGGAGAGCCCGCCGCCGUGCACCCGCACCGGCACCGCGGCCGCGUGCUGCUCGACCUGCGGGGAGAGCCCGCCGCCGUGCACCCGCACCGGCACCGCGGCCGCGUGCUGCUCGACCUGCGGGGAGAGCCCGCCGCCGUGCACCCGCACCGGCACCGCGGCCGCGUGCUGCUCGACCUGCGGGGAGAGCCCGCCGCCGUGCACCCGCACCGGCACCGCGGCCGCGUGCUGCUCGACCUGCGGGGAGAGCCCGCCGCCGUGCACCCGCAGAAUUGGAAAUCGCAGGGAGUAAAUGUUGAAUUGUUGGACAAGAAUAUGUUAAAGGGAUCUCUUUCAAAUAUUAUUAAGAAAAAUAAGUCCUUGAAAGGUAUUGAAGGUAUAUAUUAUGUGGUUUCGCCGGACGCGGAAACCGCUAGUGCUAAGAGAAAUUUGGAACAAUUGCUGUUAACUUCGCAGAUAUAUCAAACAACAUUGAAAUUAACUAACACCCUUGACGAAAACCAACCAAUGGAGCAAGCUGGAUUUAGAAAAGACUUCUCGACCAUUGAUCACAUACAUGUCCUACGCCAGAUACUUCAGAAAUACAGAGAAUACAACAAAUACAGAGAACAACAACAAUACAGAGACUACAUAAAAAGAUAUAUGUUGAGAGAAAAGAAGGAGAAAUGGACCAGAAUAAUUACGGAAUGGUACCCUAGAGAAAGCAGAAGAAGUAGAGGAAGACAACCGAAGCGAUGGGAAGAUGAUUUGAUGCAAGUAGCGGGGCCAGAAUGGUUACGAAUACACAUCACAAAGGAUACACCACGGGACGCCACGUUGAGAGAUUUAGGCGUCGAUGGCACUAAACUUGAACUCUUACGAGUUCACUUGCGAGAUGUCUGGCUGACAUUGCUCAAUGAAGAAGAAAUUGACUUGAUGACCAUUUCAAACUUUAUCGACUUAGGGGAAAGCUUAUCAGAAAAGGUCUUUAAAGAGAUCAAAGGCUUGGAGACAUUUAUUUCCUACAUCGAUUGUGAUGAGAUUCUAGCAACAACUGAAACGGUCUUUUUACCGUCACUCACAAACAUUUCUAAUGAGUGCGACGACGAGUUCGACGUAAACCAAACGUACCUGUGCGUGGUCCCGGGCGCGGAUGGGCACCACGCGCGCUUCCGCACGCUGUGCGAGCGCUCCAAGCUGCCCGCGCUCGUCAUGCAGCCCGGCCUGGACGACCCGCACGAGACCAUACAGGACAUAGCUGACCGAUUCGCAAAGACUUUCUUGAAGAAAACAAAAGUACCGGAUGGAUUUUAUUUAUUGGGUUACGAGAGCGGUGUAAUGGUAGCUUUAGAAAUGGCUGCAAUCUUAGAAGACAAAGGAUUAACUGGCACUGUUUUUUGUCUCGGGGGCACACCAAAAGAGAUACAGGAGCAUUUUGAAGAAAUACUUAAAGAUUACAAAACGGACGACGAGCUCCAGAACGCUAUCAUACGUCACAUGUACACCUUGAUGACCAACAAUGAAGAUACAGGGAAGAGAGAGAAGUUGGACAGUGUACUGUCUAAUAAAGUAUCUUGGAACGAAAAAGUUACCGCCUGUGUUAAUUUGGCAUCGGGUCAAGUGGUUCAUUCAAACCAAUACACCGAGGAGCUCAUUAAAGCAGCCUACGGAAGAAUUUUGCAAGUACGUCGUUAUAAUUACGAGCCUCGGCAACUUCGUUCUCAACUGAUAUGUAUACGUCCUCGAUCGAGCAAGAUUUGUAAGACCUCAAACCUACAACAAUACUCUUUGAAGCCUGUUAUAGAAUACGAAUUACAAGCUCCAUUCGCCAUCGCUGCCGAAGAUCUAAGUUGCAGUAACAUUGUCAAUCGCCACCUGGAUCCGGCAAUCUCGGAAGCGUUUGAAAAGAAGAACCUUUGUGAAACAUACAUCCUUAGCAGCUCUUUCAUGGUGAACUGAAAGCAGUCAACUCUAAUUGUUUUAUUUUGCUUCUGGAAUAUUUAUUUAUUAUUCUUUUUUGUUAAUAAAUAUCGUUUAAUU